AUGCGUAAACUGCAUCUCCCGCAGCUGAAGCCACGGACUAAUGAACUGUCUGAUGAGGAUUACAGAUUAGAGGUCACUCAGAUUCAUAAGGACUUCACCAUGGAGACCUUUGCGGGCCCGGUGUUCUCCCUCCUGCGGGGGGCUCUGGGGGUCUCGGAGCAGGAGUACCAGCAGUCUCUGAGCUCCAGCAGCUGCUACCUGCAGUUCAUCAGCAACUCCAAGAGCAAGGCUGACUUCUUUCUCACGAAUGAUAAAAGUUUAUUUUUGAAGACGCAGAACAAAAGGGAAAUCAAAUUCCUUCUGAGCAACCUGAAGAUCUACGUGGAACAUCUGAAGAGAUUCCCCCACUCACUGCUGGUCAAGUUCCUAGGUGUUCAUAGGAUCAACAUCCCACACAGGCAGAAGAAAUACUUCAUUGUAAUGCAAAGUGUGUUUUAUCCUGAUGAUCGACUCAAUGCCAGGUACGACAUUAAGGGCUGCGAGGUGAGCCGUUGGACGGAGCCUGCGCCGGAGGGGAGCCACAUCAUCGUGGUUCUCAAAGACCUCAACUUUGAAGGGCAGUACAUCUCUCUUGAGCGGCAGCGGGCCUGGCUCCUGCAGCAGCUGGAGAUCGACACACACUUCCUGCGGAGGCUCAAUGUGCUGGACUACAGUCUCCUUCUGGCCCAUCAGCCCUUGCACCACGACGAGCGCCACCAGAGUCUCUCCUUCGCCUCCCUCAUCAUGAGAGCCAAGAAGUCAGUGUCUUUAAGCUGUUGUCCACAUUUUGUGGCCCUGUUUUGGUGGUUCAUCAUUAGUACA